GGGGCGGUGGCGGCGGCACCGGCGCAUGGCGGCGCUUCCGCUGCGGCGGCGGCACCACCAUGAACUACAUGCCCGGCACGGCCAGUCUGAUCCAGGACAUCGACAAGAAGCACCUGGUGCUGCUGCGGGACGGGCGGACGCUCAUCGGGUACCUGCGCAGCAUCGACCAGUUCGCAAACUUGGUGUUGCACCAGACUGUGGAGCGCAUCCACGUGGGCAAGAAGUAUGGGGACAUCCCUCGGGGCAUCUUUGUCGUGAGGGGCGAGAACGUGGUUCUGCUGGGGGAAAUUGACCUGGAGAAGGAGAGCGACACACCUCUGCAGCAGGUGUCCAUUGAGGAGAUCCUGGAGGAGCAGCGGGUGGAGCUGCAGGCCAAGCAGGAGUCGGAGAAGCUGAAGGUGCAGGCGCUGAAGGAGCGGGGCCUGUCGGUGCCGCGGGCGGACACGCUGGACGAGUACUAGAGCUGCUGCCCCUUCGGGGCUCCUGAUCCGCCUGUGCAGGGACAGAGCUCCUUGGAAAGGCGGCCUUUAUUUUCAGAUUGUAUUUUCUGUACACAAAUCAUGCCUUUAGUCUCCUUGCAGAGAAGGAGAUGAGGUCUGGCACAACGGCUGGGAGCGAGCGUUUGUGUUUGGGAGGCAAAUCGCUGCUCUUUGGGUUUGUUUGCUUUUUCCUCCUCAUGUGACUCUGGGCGAGAGUUUUCCUUGAAGUGUAAAUAAAUCCUUGAUCCUGGCA